AUGGCUGCCGACAAGGCCGCCGUCGCCUCAGGCGCUGAUCUGGGCGAUGGUCUCAGACAGCGUCCCAUUGCUGGACAAGCUGGACUCCAGCCCCCAACUCCUCAGCCCGAGGACAACAAGAAGUUGGUUAAGAAGGAGCCCUCCUUCCUCCAAGCCCUCGACCGUUGGGAGGUUGUCAUUGCCCCUCUGAUCUUCACCAUGCUGGCUCUCUUCACACGAUUAUACAAGAUUGGUAUCAGCAACAUUGUUACUUGGGACGAGGCUCACUUCGGCAAGUUCGGUUCUUACUAUAUCAAGCAUGAGUACUACUUCGAUGUUCACCCUCCUCUUGGCAAGAUGCUUGUUGGUCUCUCUGGAGUCCUCGCUGGAUACAACGGUACCUUCGAGUUCAAGUCCGGCGAAAAGUACCCCGAAGAAGUUAACUACACCAUCAUGCGUGUCUUCAACGCAGCUUUCGGUAUUCUUUGCAUCCCCUUGGCCUACUUCACUGCUCGGGAGCUCAAGCUUAGACGUCCUGCUGUCUGGCUCGUAACUCUGAUGGUUCUCUGCGAAAACUCCUACACCACCAUCAGCCGUUUCAUCCUGCUCGACUCCAUGCUGCUGUGCGGUACUGUCGCCACCGUCUUCUGCUGGUCUAAGUUCCACAACCAACGCAACAACAGUUUCGACCCUGAGUGGUUCUUUUGGCUCUUCAUGACUGGUCUCAGCAUUGGCUGUGUCUGCAGUGUCAAGCUUGUUGGUCUCUUUGUCACUGCUCUUGUCGGUCUCUACACCAUUGAGGACCUUUGGCGCAAGUUUGGUGACACCAAGAUGCCCGUCACGACUCUUGGUGCCCACGUUGUUACCCGUGUUGUCGGCCUUAUCGUUAUUCCCUUCCUGAUUUACCUCCUCUCUUUCGCCCUGCACUUUGCCAUUCUUGACCGUACUGGUCCUGGUGAUGCCCAGAUGAGCUCUCUUUUCCAGGCCAACCUUAAGGGUACACAGGUCGGAAAGGACAGCCCCCUAGAGAUUGCUCUCGGUUCCCGCGCCACUAUCAAGAACAUGGGAUACGGUGGCGGUCUUCUUCACUCCCACGUCCAGACCUACCCCGAGGGCUCCAAGCAGCAGCAGGUUACCUGCUACCACCACAAGGAUACCAACAACGACUGGUUCUUCUACCCCAACCGCCGAGAGGAGGACUACAACCCCGAGGGCGAUCUCCGAUUCAUUGGCGACAACUCUGUUAUCCGACUCAUCCAUGCCCAGACCGGUCGCAAUCUGCACUCCCACGACAUUGCUGCCCCUGUUUCUCGAGGUCACAAGGAAGUCUCCAGCUACGGUAACCUGACUGUUGGCGAUGAGAAGGAUCACUGGAAGGUUGAGGUCAUUCGCGAUACUGCUUCCCGUGACCGCAGCAAGAUCAGGACUCUCACUACUGCUUUCCGUCUCAAGCAUGAGGUUCUUGGCUGCUACCUACGAGCUGGCAAUGUUAACCUUCCUCAGUGGGGUUUUAAGCAAAUUGAGGUUACUUGCACCAAGGAGAACAACCCCCGCGAUGCCUACACUCACUGGAACGUCGAAGCUCAUUGGAACGACAAGCUUCCUCCUGCUGAGGCUGGCGUUUACAGGUCUCCCUUCUUCCAUGACUUCGUCCACCUGAACGUUGCCAUGAUGACAUCCAACAACGCUCUGGUUCCUGACCCUGAUAAGCAGGAUGACCUUGCUUCCAAGUGGUGGCAGUGGCCUUUCCUGCACGUUGGUCUCCGUAUGUGCGGUUGGGCUGACGACAUCGUCAAGUACUUCCUUCUCGGCAACCCUCUCAUCUACCUGGGCUCCACUGUCUCCCUGGGUGUUGCUGGCCUAGUCAUUCUCUGGUACGUCCUUAGAUGGCAACGAGGUUUCAACGACCUCAACCAGAAUGAGAUCGACCAUAUUCACUACUCGGCUAUCUAUCCCUUGGCCGGUUGGUUCCUUCACUAUCUUCCUUUUGUUAUCAUGGCUCGUGUCACUUACGUGCACCACUACUACCCUGCCCUUUACUUCGCCAUCCUCAACUUUGGCUUCCUUGUUGACUGGUUCACUCGCAACCGCAACAACACCAUCAAGAGCAUUGUUUACGGCGUCCUUUAUACCGUCAUCAUUGGUCUCUACAUCUACUUCAUCCCCAUCUGCUGGGGAAUGACUGGCAACCACAAGCAGUACAAGUACAUGAAGUGGUUCGACAACUGGCGAAUCACUGACUAA